CCCAUAAAUUGGGACAUGUCAGAUGUCACAUGGUAAAAGGAAUGCUAGUUCAAAACGGCACCGUAUCAUAAAGUGACAAUUGAUAAAGAGUUUUGUUUGUUCAACCUUCACAAUUGACGAAUUUCCUCGAGCUAACCUAAUUUACUAGGAUCAUUCACUUUUCACCAUGGCCAAAAGCUCCUUCAAAUUGGAACACCCUCUUGAAAGGCGACAGGCUGAAGCUGCUCGUAUCAGGGAGAAGUAUCCUGAUAGAAUACCGGUUAUUGUGGAGAAGGCUGAAAGAAGUGACAUUCCUGACAUUGACAAGAAAAAAUACUUGGUUCCUGCUGAUCUGACUGUGGGGCAGUUUGUGUAUGUUGUUCGUAAGAGAAUUAAACUUAGUGCUGAGAAGGCUAUUUUUAUCUUUGUGAAAAAUAUACUUCCUCCCACAGCUGCCAUGAUGUCUGCGAUUUAUGAGGAACACAAAGAUGAGGAUGGCUUCCUGUACAUGACUUACAGUGGAGAGAAUACAUUCGGAUCGUUCUAAAAAUGCAGUCAAACUGCUCGUGUAAAUAGGUCGUAGUAAAACUUGUAAAUACCUUCUCUCUGGAUUCUGGCGUUAUCUUUCUUCCAAGAAGGUGUCUUCUGUAUGAUGCCUACCUGUUUAACUUCAGUUAACAUCGACUGGUUUAAAGUAUAUACUUAAAAACUCUAUGAAGAUACUCAUUUUCCAUU